AUGCCUCCUGUGCGAAAGCAGCCACCACUCGAGUGUCGGAGCGUGGCCGAGUCCCGUGUUGAACUCCAAAGUCGUCGCAGCUGUCUCCGCCACAAGCCACCAGGGCAGGCGAAGCAGCAUGACUGGCGGCUUGCACUACCCGUGUACCACACCAGUACUACCCAACGUCACUACUCACAUAAGCAGGCCUCAGACCUCGCCUAUCCUCAGGGCCGGUGGCAUUGCAGCUGCCGGCCUCAUAUCUGCAUUGGGACGGAGCCGCUGUCUCUCGGUGGCAAUCCAGAAGGCUUCCCGCGAGCUGUUUGCCAGGCCUUCUUAGCCGCAUCUACCGUUGUAAUCUCUCUCGUACCCUACCGUCCCUCUGUACUCUGCUCAACCGUCACCUUCUACAUGCAGUCGAAUCACUGUUGGUGGAGGAGAGCUCGCCCUGCAAUGUACCGCUACCGCCACCGCAACUUGCACAGCCCGCUUGCAUUUCUUCCACAACUGACAUCGCCAUGCUUGGGUCUUGGAGCGUGCGCCGAGUUCCACACUGUUGGGCCAAGUGCUUGUGCAUUUGCUGAUCGCCUCGCUUUGGUUCGUCUUGUUCCUGCUGCGUUAAACUGUCUGCGUCCUUUGAUGCUGCAUGCAGACCUUGCGACUGUACCGUAUAACCGGUGGCGAACAGGUGGGCUAAAGAGGCUAGGCCGAUUACGCCUGGAUUGGAGCCAAUCAUAG